ACAGAAAGCAAAACCGCGGACACGAGGGGAGUAAAAGUUUUGUUUACCGCAACUUUGAAAGAAUAUGUUUAUAUUUUUAUUAUAUUUACGUUAUUGUGUGAACGACCCUGAGAGUGUAUUUUUGAGUUGAGCGACCCUGUGUGGCUUUUAAAGGCAGCAUACAAAUACGGAAAAUACAUAAACAAGAGGUAAGAAGACACCUUCUUAUACUAGGUAGGAUCCAUUAAGUUCCUUAACUGGGGGAGGCGUGUGUGCAAUCACGCCUGACACAGCGGAUGCAGCUGCCGGCGCGUCACUUUCUGAAAACGAAAACGAAAUCGGCUGAGCGUGCAGCACGUGACGCUGAAACAGAACUUUCUAAACAAGUAAUACCAGAAGGUGUUUGAUCGCCGAAGAGGAUCAAGACUUUGGUGAGACCCAGCGCCAUCGUCGAAGUUAGCAAGUAUUCAGGAGGAAAAUGCAGCUGAAGUUCGAAACAGCCAUUGCUAAGCCCAGCACAGCCCAGGGUUGGUGGCAGAGAUGCAGCCCGUGCCUGUGGUGCCUGAGUAAUCUCUCCCUGGCAAUUGGUUACAUUGCUUUGCUGUUUUAUUCCCUCGUCUGGGGAGCUGGGGAUAUUGUGAAUCUUCCCACGAAAAGAAUUGGCUUCUACAACUUCUGUCUGUGGGACCAGGAAACAGAAAAACUGCACUGUCUCAAGCCCAAGGAGUUGGAGAAGAUGGGUAUCAGCUUGAACGUGUUGGUGUUAUCACGGUUCUUUGUGUAUACCAUGCCAGUCUUGGGCCUGUUUGUGGGCACUAUGGUCUUGCAGGCCUUGUGCCUUAAAGACAGAGCUGUGUGGAAACUGGCCGGUUUUGUUUUGUUAAUCUGUGAUUUGAUUUUGCCUGUUGGUCUGGCUUUGUUUUUAUUCCACCUUCAGCAGUGGAUUCAUUUCUCAGAAUUUGGUGAGGUUUUUACAAUGCUAUUGGGGGCUCAUAUUUUACUCUUGUUCCAUGUGAUCAUUAUUGCUGUAUAUCUUGCAUAUUUCAAAGAAACUCUUCCCAGAAGACAAUUAUAUUCUGAAAGGAGCAUCCCAUAAGAACAUGAAGUAUCUACUUGCCUAUCAAAUACUGGGGUGGGAUGAAAAGUUAAGUGUAUAGCAAUCACUCUCCUUUUCCAGAUAGAGGGUGAGUUGAAUACAGGCAUUAUUAUCCCGUGAGUAUACUAGGUAAAGGGGUGAUAUUCCUUCCCAGCACACUGAUGCAUUUGUUUCCGCCUCAGUUUUAAAUGCCAGGGACCGGAUUGCUUCCUUGAUGCCUUCAGAAUGGUUGCAGCCUUUUAGGCUGUUUCAACAGCAGCUGACUUAGGUACUUGUCAGAGCUGAAACUUUUUGGUGUCUAAACUAGCAAUGCCUGCACCACUUCCUGCACCAAGUUCUAAAUGGAAGAUAAACUAUGACUGCAACUACUUUUCGGGUCACCUGCUUUGUGAAGAGAGAUUUCACAGUUGUACUGAGAAAUACAGAAUGUAAGAUGCAACGGGUGCCUCACACGCUGACUCUGAAGAAACUUGUGCCAUUAAUUUUCCUCUCCUUUAAGGAGGAGACCUAUAUACUGCUUGGAAAAAGCAAUCUUUUGUUCUACUACUGCUGUGCUAAUAUUAUACAACAUUUAUUUUUUUCAAUGAGUCCUAGCGUAGGAAGACUGUUCUUUUACAACUUUUAUUGAACAAGAAAUUGCAAUAAUUCCUACUUUCCAAUAUGCUAUGAUGGUAUGAUUUUGUUAGUCUCUGAAUUUUAAUGAAAGUUAGGUUAAAAAGUGGUGCCAAUUCUACUGGAAUUUCUGCUCAAGAACUGCUGCUGCUAACCCAUCUAUUCACACGACAGACCAGAGGAUUUUGGAAGCAGAAGCAAGCCCAUUCCAAGCCAAAAGGGAUCAUAAGCUCCAAAAACAAGCUUAACUAGAUGCAGAGGCAGACUGGGCUGUUCCCUUUUGUGUACCAGCCCGGUGUCCUCCAGUGGUAGUAGACUGCACCACCAGAAUUUGUAGCCACCUUGGAUAAUCAUACACAUUAUUAAAAGCAGAAGACUGCUUUACAUUCAAUUCUUAUACAGUGUGUCUUAGUCAACGGUAUUCUCCAGACAUCCAGCUGGUAUGACUGCAGUGUCAAUACUCUGGUGUCUGAUAACAGUGGUAGCAUAAGUUAUAUUCCAGCAUGUACUUGUUACUCCAUGAAAGAAGGAGGCUUUUCAUAGACCAUAAUUACUAAGUGUGACUAAAAUUACGAACUUUUUUGGAAAGCUUAAGAAAGCUACCUGAAAAUUGCUGGAUCUGCUUUUUCAACCAUCUUUCUGCUGGAGACCAAUCACUUUUUCAUUAAAAUUAAAGUGUUAUUAAUCAUUA